AUGGCAAAAGAAAUCUGGAACAAUCUUAAGGAAAAAUUUCAGGGAAGCGAUAAGACGAGGGUUAAUUCUGUCAAGCAGUGUUUAGUUGAGCUGAAAGACUUCAGACAGAAAGAUGGGGAAUCAAUUGAACUAUAUUAUGAUCAUCUGAAUGAGUUGAUAUAUCGAUGCAAUCGAUAUGGAAUAACUAGAUCAGCAAUAGAAUUCAAUCUGAUAUUUGUCAUGGGACUUCGAAAGGAAUGGAGGAGUGUAAGUAUGAUGGUGAAGAACCAACAUAGCUUUGACACAUCUACAUUGAAUGACUUGUAUAACCAGCUUAAAACUGAUGAAAGCGAAGUGAACGAAAUAGCUGAAGAAUCGAAGGCUAUGUUGGGAGGUCCACUAGCUUUCAAGUCAAAGAUUUCUGAGAAAGAUGCUGACAAGGAUGCGCCGGAUGAAGAUGAAGGGUUCAUCAUGAACUUUGAUGAUGAAGCAAUUUCCUUUUACUCAAACAAUCAGAUGAAGAAGGAAGAGAAGAUAGAUUCGAAGCCUGUUGAGGGAAAGAGUGAAAAGAAGCUUAAAGGUGAUGCUGGAAUUGAUUGUCAUUAUUGCAAUAGUGCGAAUCAUCUUGCAAAUAACUGCAUGCUUCAAAAGAAAGAUGAGAAAAAGACGAAGGGCACUGAUGAGGAAGAAGAUGGUACUUAUCAAAUUUCGUCGUCUGGAUUAGAUGAUGAGGAUAUGCGAAAUCCAACCCAUGGAACCAUGUUUGCAAAGAUGGAGGAGGAAUCAGAGGAUGAUUUAUACGAAGUGCGUGGAAGAUGCUUCGUAUCAAAAUUUGCUGACAACUCACCAAUGACAACAAAGGUACGAAACAUUCUUGAAUCCUUUAAUAUUCCAGUACAUGCUUAUAAUUCUGAAUUAGUAUGUUUUGAUGAAACUGUUACUUAUUUUGAUUCGAUUGUGGUAUCUGCUAGCAAUGAGGCUAAGAAGUUGUCAGUACAAUUGCUUGAGACUCAGAAGAAGUUAGAUUUGAAAAUCACUAGGAUAGAUUGUCUAGAACUCCAAAUAACGAAUAUCAUGGUAGAUAGGGACAAUUUAUCUAGUGAUAAUAAACUAUUGUUAGCACAAAGGAACAUCUAUUGUAAUGCUGCUAAGAGAUUAUAUGGAAAAAUAACUGAACUUCAUCAUUCGUGUGAAAUUAGUAAAGAACAACAUAGAAAAUUGCUGCCAUUUUUAGCUUAUGAAAGAGCUAAGGUAGAUAAUAUCUCGUAUGAUUGUGAAAAAGAGAUAGCUGAUUGUGACAAAGUUUUGAAUGACAAUGAAAUUAGUGAGCUUGAAGAUGUUGAUUGCUCUCAGUUGUCUAUUGUUAAUGUUGCUUCGAAUUCUAAAGAAAAAGAAAAAGUUAAGGAUUUCAUAGUUGAGAAUGAAACUGAUACAACCUCAACUUCGAAAGUUGGUGAACUGAACUACGUAGAUCUAAAAGAUUACCAAACUGAUGAUAGUGAUGAUGAAGAGGUUGAGAAAGUUUCGAAAGAAAAGGCAUCCUCAAAGAAAGAUGAAAUUCCACGAAUAGUUGUUGACCAAGUGUAUGGUGAUACACAAAAAUUCGAAGAAGUGAUGAAUGAAAAAGGUCCACAUUAUCUUGAAACAAACAGGGUGGUUUUUCCAAAUUUCAAAUGCACAGAUGAUGUCAUUUUUCCAAAUCAAGUUUUUGUAACUAAAGGAAAUGUUGAAAAUAUCAAACCAGAGUUAAAGAAGUUGGUUGAGGAAGACAAUUCAAAAACAACUGAGGAAGAAAAAGAAAAAGUUGUCAAAUUAAACUCUAAAGAAUUUAAUGAUCAAAUUGACAAAUUUUCAAAGGAAAACAACGUUUCAAAAAGACAAGUAAGAAAGAAAAUAUUAUGGCAUAGGAUUGAGUCUCAAAAGAUGUCUGAUUCAAAAUCUACUAAAAUUGCUUUCAAAGCUAAAAAUGCUUCUUUUUCAAAAUAUCAAAAAUCAUCUCAAUCAAACCAAACAAGGUCUGAAAGAAAUAAGCAAACAAAGUUUUCAAAAGUUUCUGAAACCAACAAAACAAGAGAAUUUUCAAAAAGAUCCAACAUAAAUCAAAAAGUUAUUCAACGUCAAAGUUUUAAAUCAAAAGUUGAUACAUCCUAUGCUUACUCGUAUGUCACAAAACCCAAAGUUGAUUAUGUUCCUCAAAAACCAAAUUUUCCUAAUUACACAUAG